AUGUUUGAAAGAAAGAUAAAACUACCACAGACAGCUGAUGAUCAGGAUACGGCAACAAAGACUGGAAACAGUAACAACAACAACAAUAACAAUAACAUCAACAAUAACAUCAACAAUAAUAACAACAAUAAUAACAACAACAGCAACAACAAUAACAACGGCAACAACCAAAACAGCAACAGGCUAAGUGCCAAGAGACUUCCAAAACCAAAACUACGGUGGAUAGUUCACCCUCUUGCUAUUGUACUUUAUUCCUUUAUAUUCAACUUGGCCGACAUCAUACUAUACACCAAACUCACAAAAGGCUACCACCUUGCCAACUUUAUUCCCAUUUCAUGUUUAUGUUGCGACGCAUUCAUCUUUCUCAUUGUCAUUUAUGAGCGACAUCCCAAUAUAGUCAAAGUCAAUCGCCACUGGUCCAAGAGUUUGUACUGGUUUAUUGACAAGGUAUUGAAAAAAGCCGUUUGGCUUUUCCUUCUUGUUAUGUGCAUUUUGAAUGUGGUGAGAUUGUCCCUGGGUAAAAUUUCUAAUCCAUUGGACCUUGGCAAGGAGACUGUUCAAAGCUUACACUUGACAAGUGCUCAGAGAAUUGCCUAUUUGAUCAUCAGCUUGUUUAGUUUAUUGUUCAACUGUGCCUUGUUGGGUAUCUGGUGGUCCACCAACAUAUCAUCAGUCUACUUGUUAUUUGCCUCAAUCAACUUUAUCCAAAUAUUGGUUAGUAUUUCCAUCAUCCAGAUCAAUAUCGAUUUAAUCAAUAUUUCUUAUGAUCGUUUUGCAAAGAGAAUGCACAACUUGUUUAUACUCAGUAGUGCAUUCACCAUUGGUCAGAGCAUAAUGGGUGAAACGAUCACCUUGUUGGUUAAUGACAAGAAUAGAUUGAGUCCUUUGAUUGGACGAUUGAUUUUUGCCUAUGACUUGUUGAUCUGUUUCCUUGGAUUAUUGUACAUUGCAUGCACGGCUAUCGCCAGUGUCAAGUUUGAUUACAAGCCGUUGGAAGACUUGAAUGAAGUCCCAGUAAGUGUACCAAUUUUAUUUGGCUGUGGUUUAGGAAUCAUGAUUUUGGAGUUUUUGUGUACCAGGUACUUUCGGUUGAGAACAAUGACUACUCAUUACGAAGUCGAAGAGUAUGACUUGUGUGGGUUGUCCCCUCAUCAGAAGCACGGAUGGAGCAAAUUGAUUGAUUUGAACAAAAAGUACAAUUCAGGUAUUUCCGGUGAUUAUGUGAUUUCGCUAAUGGAAAACUAUGUUCAUGCCGAUUUGCCAGGUAUGAAAUGUAAAGUCUUGCGGGUGUUUAACAAGAGUGAAAAAAUAACACAAGAACAACAACAACAACAACAACAACAGCAGCAACAGCAACAACAUCCAUUCUCACAACAACAGUCAACGCAGAAUGGAAAAAAUAAAGAGAAAAAUAAUGGCACAUCUGAAGACUCAAAUGACUCUGACACCACCAAAGUGAACCAUGAUUAUCAUGAUAAAGACGAGAAGAGGAAAAUGUAUCGAGCAUUUGACGAACUAGACAAGGAAUCAGUAUUGUUCCUGAAUGCACCUUCCUUACGCAGUGAUGAUUCUAUCCACGACUUGGAAGAGCAGUUUAAACCAUUGAGUAAAAACCAAUUGAAAAAAUUGGCUAAAAAGAACAAAAAAGAUAAAGCGGCAUUGGAAUUACAAGCGUUGGAGAAUAAUACGGAAAAGUUUUAUCAAGAGUUGAUGAAUACUCAAGCCCUUGUUUUGUUGACUGUAGUGGAAGAGUUUGACUUGAGUGAACGUAUUCCUGGCUGGAUUGGUAAAAAGAUGAACAAGAUGUUUGGUAAAAACGCGAAAUUCCCCAUUUUGUGUAUCAAGUUUGGUUUAUUAGGAUUCCACUGGCCAUUCAAGAGAUCGACAUUUUAUUGCUCAGCAACAAAGAAGCCAAUCGCUAGAAGUGCUAGUGUGCUUUAUGCUAUAUCGGAGUGGAACAAGACGAAUGAAAAGUGUACGGUGUUGUUGGAUCCAGUUUACAAAGAUGCUACAUUUGAAGCAGGGGUUGAUUAUUCGGGAUGGGUCAAAAUCAAUUUACCCAAUAGUCAUAUUAUCGAUUUACGACCAUUUGCUAACCAAAGCAGCACUGAAUUUUUCAAAGCCAUCAAGUACAGAAACCAAGAAAAUGCAUUCAAACAAGCCAAGGGACAAGUUAUUGAAUCCAACACAUUUAAUUUCGAAAACUGUCAAGAGAUUAUUGUCAUGAAUGAUCAUAUUGCCAAUAGUCGUCAACUGAAUGGACAAUCAUCACAAUUGCUUCACCCCGAUUGGGAGUUUAUUUACAACUUGGGUAAUUAUUCCAAUGAGAACCACUACCGUUCCUUGCUUUUCCUUAAAGUUGACGAUGAAAUCAUUGCCUCGUGUGUCAUUUUCCGAUUGGGUGAGACAAUGACGUCGGAUAUCCAGGGUUUGAAUCAUGAAAUUAGCAAAAAAUACAAGGCGUAUUUUGUCAUGAUGCAAGAAGUGAUCAAGAUUGGAUUGAGGGAAAAAGUAUCGUUUAUUGAUUUUGGCCCUACUACGGAAGAUGCCAAGGUGGCUAUUGGAUGUAGUGUUGUGCCAUUGAUGGGAUCUAUUUAUCCAAAGAGUAAGUUCAUGGGUCCUAUUAUAAAGUUUGCUGCUAGUAAAGUUGACGUGUAG